UUCGGUGGGUCGGAGAUGACGGAGCCGGUCGCCUCUCCGGACGACCCCUGGGUCAAGGCAAGCCCCGCGGGCGCGUACGCCGGCGAGGGGAGGGCGGGUCGGGCUCAUGCACGUGGGGGGUCCCGAAGACUAGGGGAUUCCCUGCAGUCCCCAAAUGUCCCCCCGCCCUCCGGGCCCCGGGGCUGCAGAGAAGACAGCCCUCACCCUGCGCGUGCCAAGGUGGAGUAUGCCUACAGUGACAACAGCCUGGACCCCGGGCUUUUUGUAGAAAGUACCCGAAAGGGGAGUGUAGUGUCCAGAGCUAAUAGCAUCGGUUCCACCAGUGCCUCUUCUGUCCCCAAUACAGAUGAUGAGGACAGUGAUUACCACCAGGAGUCCUACAAGGAGUCCUACAAGGACCGGCGGCGGCGAGCACACACUCAGGCUGAGCAGAAGAGGAGAGACGCCAUCAAGAGAGGCUAUGAUGACCUCCAGACCAUCGUCCCCACCUGCCAGCAGCAGGACUUCUCCAUUGGCUCCCAAAAGCUCAGCAAAGCCAUCGUUCUACAGAAGACUAUUGACUACAUCCAGUUUUUGCACAAGGAGAAGAAAAAGCAGGAGGAGGAGGUGUCCAUGCUACGCAAGGACGUCACGGCCCUAAAGAUCAUGAAAGUGAACUAUGAGCAGAUUGUGAAGGCACACCAGGACAACCCCCAUGAGGGAGACGACCAGGUCUCUGACCAAGUCAAGUUCAAUGUGUUUCAAGGCAUCAUGGACUCACUGUUCCAGUCCUUCAAUGCCUCUAUCUCCGUGGCCAGUUUCCAGGAGCUGUCAGCCUGUGUCUUCAGCUGGAUUGAGGAGCACUGUAAGCCUCAGACCCUACGGGAGAUUGUGAUUGGCGUCUUGCACCAAUUGAAGAACCAGCUGUACUGACUGGGUUUUGGAAGCUGCAGAAGAGCCAACAAGAGGCCAGAGUCUCCUACUUGGCCACGGAGCCACUGGGCUUAUGAGAUUGGACUGCGACACUGCACACCAGUCAGCUGGUUCUCGGUGUUUGGUUCCCCAGCACCCCUUCAUCCUCACUGGGGCUGGGGUAUUUGUUUUGUGAAAGCUUUAAUUUAUUAUACUGACCACAGAACUUGAGCUUACUGUCUUUCCCCUUCUCCGUAGAAGUCUUCGGGAGGGGGGACCCUGUUCUGGGGACACCCCCCCUCCCC